UGGAAUUUCAGGUCCUCGGGGAGAGCGAUGGAUUUCAAUGUGAUCUUUAGUCUUUCUUCAUGAACUGGAAGUGGGUAUUUGGAAUUAUAGUUUUCUUUUUUUCCGGCAGAGAUUUGAAUUUUAGAUGUGUUGCUCUUUCCAUGUGAAUCUGAUUUUCUUCUAACAUCUUUCUUACUGUAGAUGGGGUGUUAAGAAGCCUCAAUUCAUGAAAAAUUUUGUCACGAUCUUGUCGAAUGCAAGUCUUGGGAUGGCCAUGUUCAGUCUCGGUAAGAUCAUUGAUAUGCUCAUCAUGUUCAGUCUCGGUAAGAUCAUUGAUAUGCUCAUUCGACGUGAGGGGUGUCAUCAAGAAAUAUGACAGUCCCGAACAAAUUCUUAAAGAAUUCUUUCAUUUAAGACUUGAGUUCUAUGUAAAGAGAAAGAAAGUAAUGUUGGAUAAUCUUGAAAUAAAGCUGUUGAGAUUGUCUAACAAAGUCAGAUUCAUCAUUGGGGUGGUAGAAGGAGAGAUUAUUGUGAGUAACAGGAAGAGAGCAGAUCUGGUCCUCGAGUUGCAGCAGAAGGGUUUCACACCGUUCCCUAAAACCAAAGGCGUUGAUACCAACGAGGCAAUGGAAACAGAAGAAAAUGAAGAGACACCGGAGGUGGGAAUAGUUGUAAGAGCAAGUGAUUAUGAGUAUUUACUGUCGAUGCCGAUUGGAUCUUGUUGUUAA